CGGUGGGAGCGUCAGCAGCCUGCGACCGAGGCGGAAGAAGGCGCUGGGCGGCUCCGCGUGUGAGGAGAGCCGGGCCGGGCCGGGCUUGGGGAGGUGACAAUCAUCAGCCAGCUACAAGAUUGUCACCAUGAGUUUUGUUGAAUAUGGAGAUACCAUAAAGGAUGGUGACACGGCUAUUGUGUUUCUGGGCCACGAGUCCAUGUUUCCUGUGAAGGUGCAGCAUGGCUCUGUAACACAGACUAAGUACGGGGUCAUCAGGCAUUCCACAGACCUCAUAGGCAAGAAGUAUGGCUCCAAAGUGACCUGCAGUAAAGGAGGAUGGGUGUUCAUUCUUCAUCCAACUCCAGAACUGUGGACCAUGAAUCUCCCGCACAGGACGCAGAUCCUAUAUUCCACUGACAUCUCCAUAAUCACCAUGAUGUUGGAACUGAAGCCAGGCUCCAUAGUAUGUGAAUCAGGUACAGGCAGUGGGUCCCUCUCCCAUGCUCUCAUCCGGACAGUGGCUCCCACCGGGCACCUGUACACAGUGGAGUUCCACCAGCAAAGAGCUGAGAAGGCGCGGGAGGAGUUUCGGGAGCACGGGGUGGAGCACCUGGUCACUGUGACCAACCAGGAUGUCUGCAAAAAUGGCUUUGGGGUCUCAAACAUUGCAGAUGCCGUGUUCCUAGAUAUUCCAUCUCCAUGGGAAGCCAUAGGACAUGCCAAAUCAGCAUUAAAAGCUGAAGGUGGCCGCAUCUGCUCUUUCUCCCCCUGCAUUGAACAAGUUCAAAGAACCUGCCUGGCGAUGGAAGAAUCUGGUUUCACAGAGAUUAACACCUUGGAAAUUCUGCUCCGAGUGUACAAUGUAAGGACAGUUAGCCUGCAAAUCCCUGACCUUGGAAAAGCAGCUGAGGAUAAUUCUAGCACUGGCUUUGACAGCAGCAGCCCAUCACAUCAAGGUAGCUCGUGUGCUGAUCUGCAGCAAGGGACUGUGCAGUUCAAGAGUGGCGUGCCACUGAGGGAGGUGGUUGGGCACACUGGGUACCUGACCUUUGCUACCAAGAGCCUGGUGUAGUACAUGCCCAGUUUGUGCAGUCUGGAGUGGAGUUUGUGUGUAUUCUGUUUUCAUGGCUCUUUUUUGUAUGGCAUCCAAAGUUUUACUUGUCAGGGAAUUCCAUAUAUAGUCAGAUUUGGUUGGAAUAUGCUUUGUUUAAAUAGCACACAAGCAUUAAGCAGAGCAGCUUCAAGGGAAUGUUGAAACUCUGGAAUGGUGCUCCACUUGCUGUCAGACAGAAGAUAAAUUAAUAGCAAAUAGC